AUGAGUAACGAACAGACUUUCUUCAGCGGACAACCAGGUACUACAGGUCGUGAACCUUUCGAAGAUUCCACCGCUACCGGUCCUGGGGAUCAAUUCGUCCAAGGUGGUAAUCAGCAUCACGGACAUCACCACCACCAUCAUCACCAUCAAGAAGGUGCUAUUGGCGGAGGAUUAGGUGCAGCCGGUACUACCGGCUUCGAAGGUGGACAAAGGGGUCAGGAUCAAUACGGAGCAGUCGGAGCAGGUCAAACUGGGUUCGAAAACAGACAAACUGGCCAGGAUCAAUUUGGAACUCCUCAAGGCAAUUAUGCAGGUGGACAGGGAGCGAUCGUUGAUGAGAAGGGCAACCAAGAUGCUUUUGAUACCGGUCGUACUGGUGCCACCCAGGCUGGUGUACCGGGGGCUGGUAUCGGUGGAUACGGACCUGCCAAAACGGGCGGUGAACAUGCUGAUCGAGUUGGGAACUUGAAUCAAGGAGCAGCCUUGUCGGACCGUACGACUAACCAGGGUCCUCAGACCACCGGAGCAGCCGGAACGGAUAGGUUUGAUUCGGACAAGGUUUGGGGUGCUGGUGCAGCAGGAGAGGAGAGGGGUGCUGGAUGGGAAGGAGGUGAGGGUAAAGCUCAACUGAAAUCUGGUGGAUUACAGGGAGUGUUUGCCACGUCCGACAAAGAUUUCGUCAAUCGGGAACGUCUUGGAGAAGGGGCGUAUCACGAUGACAAUGCUCGAUUCAAGGGCAACCUCGAUGGUCCACAUGGCCAUUCCGCCUUGACGGGUCGAGAAGGGACUUAUGAACGUAACCCUGUUGCUCAGGCCAAAUCGAGGUCGGGUGAGGCGGUACAUCCCAAUGAUCCAAACUUUGGGAGUGGAGAACGUGCGGGUGAGCAGGGCGUAGAAGAGGGAGAAGUUCAGAAUAAGAGUAUCUUUCAAAAGGUUGUCAAAACAUCAAGAGCCAAAGAGUCGUCUUCAGAAACAGCAUGUUUGGUUGUGGAAUGA